AUUGUUUAAAGUAAAAUAAAGUAAAGAGAGAAGUUUACAGUGUGCAGGGUCUCCAGAUUUGGACUGAAAUUGAGAUUUUAAGCAUCACAAAGAGAUCUUUGAGCUGAGAGACUCUGGAGAGAUAUAUGAGAGAACACACAACAAACAGCGGUGAGGUCGUAUAGUCCACAUAUAGUCCACAUUCGACAUAUAGAGGAGUAAUGUGAAAUACAAACAGAGCAUUCCAGCUUUUAGCUCAUCUUCAGGUUUCUGGACCCAGACAGACACAACAGGACCAGGGGAAAGUGCUGCAGACAGAAGGAUCAUGUCUCGGCUGUGUGUAUCACUGAUGCUCUGUGUGUUUGGGCUCGGACUCUUCUGCCUCGCAGAGGAGUCUCGUGAGAAAAGGGACGUGCCGAACUGGGCGAUGACAUCCUCAGACUUCUUCGGCUGGAUCGAGGAGCUGCGUAAUCACGCCGGUUACGAUAAAAUCGAGGAGCUCGCCAGAACCUUCUGGGCUCAUUUCCCUUCAGCCAGUCGUCUGGGUUAUGAUCCUCCUGCUCCUGAAGAAUGAAGCUGUGGAGGACCUGUGAUGCUGUCCCUACUGUCCUAAAUGUCCUAAAUGUCCCAACAGAAACCUCAGCAAUACAGUCUUAACAUCUGGUUAGAUGUGAUUGAAAGCAAAAUGUAAAAAUGUGAAAAAGAUGCUUUGUUCUGUAUUUAUCAUCAACCCCUUAAUAAUCAUACAUUUCUUAAUAAUAAAAGCCAAAAUAAUC